AUGAAAUUCACGCGGAAAAUACCAAAGUGUGGCUUUAUUAAACAAUUACCAAACGAUGAAAGUACUGAGCAAUUGUUCAACAUCGUUGGCUCUAUUGGCAAAGGAUCUUAUUCAGAUGUUUUUCUUGCAAUUCAACAAUCAGAUUCAAAUUUCUGUGCUUUAAAGCGUAUCUUCAAACGCCGAACACAGAAUGAAACACAACAAGUAGAAAAUGAAGUUGACAUUCUGAGCAAAUGUUCACAUGUGAAUAUUUGUCGUUUGUUGAACGCAUUUGAAACAAUGUCAAUGUAUAUAAUUAUAUUUGAAUAUGCAAAUAAUGGUGAUCUCUUUCACGUUAUUGAAAGUGCUGGAAAAUUUAAUGAGUACACGGCAGCUACAAUCACAACUCAGGUAGCAAAUGCAAUAUCUUAUUUACAUGUGCAUUGUAUAGUACAUCGAGACAUUAAACCAGAGAAUUUGUUACUAGCGCGGGAUUUUACAAUAAAGUUAGCUGACUUCGGUCUAGCAUGUGUGGUACAUGGACCAAUGUAUAAAAUCUGUGGAACGCCAACUUACAUCGCACCGGAAAUGCUUGCUGAAAAAGGAUAUGGAAUGGAAGUUGACACGUGGUCUUUAGGCAUUAUAUUGCAUGUAAUGCUCGUUGGUUAUGCACCAUGGCAAUGUCCGGAUCGUAGGCGCCUAUUUCAGCUGAUUACUUUAUCAAGAUUAAGUUUUGAGCACCAUACUUGGUCAACUGUUUCAUCAGGUACUUAA